UCUAUCGUUAGCGGUGCGGUCACGCUGAUUAGCAAUAAACAAAAUUCUGGUUAAAUUUGUGAAUUAAUCACAAAACAACAAACAAAUGCAGGGUUUGGGAUUCUAGCUGCACACAGUCGCGUCAUAAAAGCAAGGAAGCACGCAGGACGUGUGGACGCCGGGCAAGAUAAUGGGCAAGUGCUGCAUCGGGGCACUCUGGCCACUGGCCAUUUUGGUGGCCUCUGCCACUGCCUACAAGAACGUUCGCUUGCAGGACAACAUGUGCUCGGACAAGCUGUUCUACACACUGGCCAAGCCCUUUCGGGGCGAUCCCACGGUGCGGCUGGAGUACGAGGACACCUCCGGAGCGAUUGUGACCCAGAUGUGGAAUCUGACACUGCCCCAGGGCCAUGCGGCCAACAAGAUCAAGUACGACUGCCAGUUCCGGGUGCUGACCAGCGAUCGACCGCCGCGCGGCAUCUACACCAUCAUCACGCGGCUCAAGUUCCGGCGCGAUCCCGUGUCCAAGGAGUGCAUCGACUACAUCCAGUUCAGUAGUGGCAACCGCUCGCCCAGCGAGCGCAUCUGCAAUGAUAUCUCCAUUGACGGGCCGGCCGGACGUUUGAUCUUUGACCAGCGCGACCGCGAGGUCAACGUGCACAUCUUCAUCGAUCGAACGCGCCAUAUACUGGGUGACCCGCUGGAGCUGCGCAUGGUGCUGACGGCCCACUCCGAGUGCCAGUUCAACGGGGACUUCCUCUGCGAUCCCAACGACCAGUACUCGUGCAUCUCGCGCCACUUUGUGCGGGACAAUAUCACCAACUGCCUGUAUCCGUGCCGGGACGAAGGCACGUGCUUCCACGACGCCAUCGUGCCGGAGGAGAUCGACACGGCCAAUGUGGCCAUCUCGGCGCUCACCUCGCUCAUUUUCACCAUGCUUGGAGUGGGCUUUUGUGUGUGGGUCUGCUGGAAGUACUGGAACUGCAUAACAGUGCAGCAGCGUGCUCAUGAGGCAUCCGCUGCCCGCUUCAACCAGCGACGAGUUAGAUCGGAUGUGCCCACCAUUGAGCUGCCACCACCGAUCCAGUACGAUGAUAGUGUCCUGCACGAGCACAAUUCCCAGCAGCAUCAGCAGCCGGCCACGCCCAAGGAUCUGCCGCCCAGCUACGAGUCCCUCUUCCCGGAAAGCAGAGCGUGGCGAAAGUGCGGACGGGAAACACCUCACCCUCACCCUCCGCGGAUCAUCCCCCGUUUGGGCGUUUGGGGUUUCAUCACAUGGUGACACACAUCGUGAAUCAGCACGUGCCUUAUCCGAAAACCAGUCGGACCGGCACCCCGUUCAUCUGCCCAGAAAUCGACAGUUGGUCACGACUGGAGGAAAGGUGCCUCGGCCACUGCGUCAUCCGUGGGCUAAUCAUUUUCUGCUCUGCUCACGGCACAAACUUAGAUUUUCCUUUGUUACCAACGCGCUCGUCGAGGAUCGUGGUGGCGGAUGCGGCACGUGCUGGGGUCGCCUGGUCGUUGACUCGUCGCAAUUGACCAAACUGGUUAUUGCCACCGUAGCUGCGUGACAAUUUGCCGGCCAAUCUGUGCCCCCGUUCAAUGUCGGCCCGCAAUUGUCCGUCCAAUUGCCUUGGAGUCGCAGUAAGCGAAUCAAUUAGCGAAUGUGCAGCCCUCUUGGCAACCGGUAGCUGCUCCACGGAUGUCUCUCUAUAUAUAACGCCCAGGUGCCAAUUAUAACACGCACACAAAAGAGCCGCGCGAUCGAUCGAUCGAACCAUCGAUCUAUUCAUCAAGUUCAGGGUCGAACUCAAAUCGCUCUGCCGCUCAUAGUUCGGCCUUAAUUCGUGUCAAGCACCCUGAUAAGGAGUGCGACCACCGAACCAUCAAUCACCCCGAGUCGAAGACCUCUUGGAGAUCCUAGCAAAUCACUCGAUCUUCUUCUGACGCUUCGAAUGGUCGAAUCUCGAAAUUCGCACGCCGAAUUAGCGCCUCGGAGUGGGGCGUGUAGGUGUGAGUUCACGCCCAAAAAUAGCCUAAUCAAAGCGACUUCUUUGGGCCACUUUCGCGGAGGAGCUGCCUCCCGUAAUGUAUUUUUAAAACAAGCGGUAACUAAGGGUCUCCAGAGCAAGGUGUGGCUCAAACUUCCCCGGAUUGUGAAUACAUAAAGUAAAAGAGGGAACUGUUUCAAAUUAACACUUGGCAGGGGAAAUAUAACACCAACAUUGCUUAUAAA